UCAAUACCUCUUGUGAUCUAUCGCCAAUUCUCUACUACACAAACUGCAAAUAUGAAAUCCUAUAUACAAUUAAUUGGUAGUGGAACAUUUGAUGUACCACCUUCAAUAAUGGUUCAUUUUGAUAGUCAACAAAAUAGUCAAAGAUAUUUAUUUAAUUGUGGUGAAGGAACUCAAAGGUUUUGUUUACAAAAUAAAUUAAAAGUUUCCAAAUUAAAAAAUGUCUUUUUGACUAGAGCUAACUGGAAUUGUUUCGGCGGACUUCCAGCACAAUAUGACAAAAAAUGGUUUUGUGAUGAAUUGAAUAAAAUUGAGAUUCAACGAUUAGAUUCGAAUAAAUUCACUGAGAAAAUCACAUUGCUCAAUUCUGAUUACUGGAUCGCAAUAUCAAUUCUCUCUUCACCAAAAUAUCUCUGUAUGCUACUUACAAUGGCUGAUGCAGGUUCCAAAGAAAUUAAAUUAUAUGGUGGCCCAAAUUUGACACAUGCGAUAACUGCGACUAGAGGUUUUAUUUUAAGAUCAACUAUGUCAGUGGAGACACAUGAAUUUCAAGAAGACGGGAUGAUAUUCAAGGAUAAUAAUAUGACUAUAUACCCAAUAUUUAUUAAUCCGGAAGAAUCCAAUAAUAAUAUUUCAUCCUCAUCCUCACAAGAACGGGUUAGCUUACCAUCAAAACGCGCUAAUGAUUCUACAGAUGAUACCAUCGAUAAUACAUCUUUACAAUACAAAAAAGAAAUUUUGUCUUUAAUGUUUAAUCAAAAUCACCAGCCUCAUAAUCCUAAAGGACAAAAAAAGUCAAAAACAUACGAAGAAAAUUCUGCAUUAGACAUUCCUGAUGAUGUACAAAAUGAUCAAUCUUCAUCUUCUAAAGAUGAUAAAGAUUCUCUGAUUCAACAACGUAGAAAAUUAUUUCCUAAGAGAUUACCAAAAUCAAGUCCUUCAUCUACAUCUAUUGCUUAUGUUUGUAUAGGACCAACAUAUAAAGGAAAAUUUAAUCCUGAAGCUGCUAAAGCCCUUGGUUUAAAGCCUGGACGCCAAUAUGCCGACUUAGUGAAUGGGAAAUCAGUGACUGCCCCAGAUGGAACAAUUGUUCAUCCAAAUCAAGUUUUAGGUCCCUCUCGAGCCGGCACG